AUGGCGGACGCCGCGGGCGGCCGCUCCCUGGCGGCGGCGCUGGAGGAGGCGGGCCCUCGCUGCACUUCCAGCGAGGCGGCACUGGCCGCGGUGCUGCAGCCCUACGGCAGCCCCGGCGAGCAGGCUGUGGCGGGGGUGCUGGGCAUGGUGGCGCGCACCAGCGAGGGCCAAUUCAGCGGCGACAUGGCGGGGCUGAGCAGCGGGCUGGCCAGCGCGUCGCUGGGCGACGGCGCCACCACCUGGUCUGUGGGCGUGCUGGUGGCAGGCCUGCAGGCCGCCAGCCCGCGCCUGGACUGGCAGCGCGUGGUGGCCCUGCUGGACCAGCCCGGCUUUGCGGUGCCGGACGCGGGGGCGCUCAAGGUGCUCAUGGCCGUGUGGGCGCGCGCCACCGCCUGCCAGCCCUUACCGCUGCCCGCGCUGGUGGGCAGCCUGUGGACCAACGCCCCCGGCCAGCUGUCCUUCCUGCGCCAGGCGGCCGCCGCGCCGCCGGAGCUCUUCUCCUGGGCCCACGCCGCGCGGCGGCAGGAGCCCGUGGAGGGGCUGCACGCGGGCAAGCCGGGGGUGGGCACCCCCAACCAGGCCUGGCUCUGCCUGGACCUGCUCGACUGCCUGGCGCGCCUAGCAGACAGCGGGCAUGCGGCGGCGGUGCGCCAGAUCCUGGAGCCGCCGCUGAAGCAGUGCCCGGAGGUGCUGCUGCUGGGCAUGGCGGCGGUGCAGGCGGGCUGGGGCCCGCUGCAGCAGGAGGUGCUUGACCCUCUGGUGGUGACCUACGUGGCCAGCCACCCCAACAGCGCCGCCGUGCUGCAGCGCCUGUGGCCGCUCAACCGCGACGCCGUGCUGCGCGCCGCCGUGGCGCUCUACCACAAGGAUGCCUCCAAUGUGGCGCGAGUACUGGACGAGCUCAAGGGCCUGGCUGUGGUGCUGGACGCCACGCCGCCGCCCUUCUGCAUCGAGCUGGCUGCGCUGGCUGCGCGGCGCGAGUACCUCAACCUGGAGAAGUGGCUGUCGGACCAGUUCACUGCCAAGGGCUCCUCCUUCAUGCAGGCCACCGUCGCAUUCCUCGACUCCAGGCUGCGCGCGGAGCAGCCCGCGUUGCAGCACCCGCAGCUGGCGGCCGCCGUGGGGGACAGCAGCUCGCUGGAGGCCUUCGCCCCAGACAUAGAGGAGGAGGCCAACGCCUACUUCCAGCGCGUGUAUGCGGGGGAGAUCAGCGUGGAGGGGCUG